CUUCUCAUUCAUCCCAAUGGAUCACAAAGGAUCCUUCAACCCCCUCAUCCCUUUUAUUCUGCUCCUCUUUGCCUCCUGUUUGUGUCUUAAUGGGCCAGCCCGCUCUCCUCUCCUGCCUGGUCAGCCUUUCCUGAUUCUUUGGGCUGUACCAAACAAGGACUGUGUUGGUCGCCCUGACCCAGCAGCUUUCGGGAUGGAGUUGGAGGAUCGCGUGGCUGAGUUUAAUGAGGACUCAUUGGGACUAUACCCAUAUUUCAGUUCAGAGGGAGUGCCUAUGAAUGGUGGGCUGCCCCAGCAUACCAGCCUGGAGCGCCACCUGCAAAAAUUGGAAUGGGACCUUACAGCAACUUUGCCGCAGGCUGGGGCGCCUGGCCUUGGGGUGCUGAGGUGGAACGAGUGGGAGCCGCAGUGGAGCAGAAACCGGGGUAAUCAGCGGAGGUAUUUGGAGACAUCGCGAGCAUUGCUUCGGGGUUUUUUCCCAGACUGGAACACAGACGAGGUGGAGAAAUGGGCUCAGGUGGACUUUCAAGCUGCAGCCCAAUUUAUUCUCAUGGAGACCCUGAUAGAGCUAAAAAGACUCCGCCCACAGAGACUGUGGGGCAUGGCUUCGUACCCAAGCUGCUACAACUCUAAUCCUGUUCAGAUGCUGCUAGCUAAUUACACAGGCCACUGCCCUGCUGCAGAGAUGGCACUAAACGAUGAACUAAUGUGGUUAUGGAAGCAAAGCAAUGCACUUUACCCCAUCCUUGCACUGGAGAAACUCCCUGAAGGAACCAAGGGUGCAUGGCUGUAUGCAUCCAAUCAGAUCAGGGAAGCAUUAAGAGUGGCUGCUCUAGCAGGGACAACAUUUGAGCUUCCCGUUUUUCCACUGGUCAAGAGUAUGUACACCUCCUCCAGUGACUUUCUCUCUGAGGCUUGUUUGGUGAAUACUGUAGGAGAAAGUGCUGCUAUGGGUGCAGCAGGAGUCAUUAUCUGGGACAGAUUCCAUACAACUAAAACACAGAAGUUGUGCUCUGAUCUUACCUCGUAUGUGCGAGAGGUUCUUGGCCCCUAUGCUGUCAACGUAACCACAGCGACACGUCUUUGCAGCAUGUCACUUUGCAAGGGCCGGGGGCGCUGUGUACGCAAGAAAUCAGAAGACCCUAUAUACCUUCACCUUCCUCCUGCUCACUUUUUGCUGCAGCGCCAGGAUGAAGACAGCAUCCGAGCAACAGGGCAACUCCCCCCAAACUACCUGGAUGGGUGGAGAAGAGACUUUCAGUGCCAUUGGUUUGAGGCUUUGGAAGGAGCAGCUGCUGAUCAGGAGUCAAUUGGCACCGAGAGUGGUGGUCAGUGGUCCAUGCCCACUGAAAGGCCACCCAGUAUUGUUGUUCAUACUGUGGGAACACAUGGACAAAAUGAAGGGACGGAGAAAACACUGGAGAAAAUUAAAGGGAUAGAGGCUCCUAUGAUGCCAGAUGGACAAGAACCGUCAAAAAGUGGCUGCCCUGCCCACUUCGUGACCAUCAUGCUUUUUUGUGUUCUGCCAUUCCUUAGCCCCACAAACCUAGACUUCUAAAUUGGUCUUCUUGUCAGAUGGGGCAUACAAGAGGAAUCAUUUUGCCUUAAUUGUGUUUGUUUUACUUAAAAUGUCUAUCAAAACUAAAAAUAGCUGCGACAUAAAAAUCUUAUUUUCAUGUUCAUGGACUUGAAUGAGGAUGGUCAGAUCAGAAUUAUUACGAUUUUUUAAAAUCUGUGCAUGCUUAUUACUCUGGAUGGCACGAGCAAAGAUUUACCAAUGUACGCAUUUGUUAUUUCAGAGGACGGAUGCAUCCAAAAUUAGAGUCAGAUAACGUCACUUGUAAUUAUGAAUGCAAUCUGAUCAGAACAAAAAAAUAGGGAUUGAACAUUAUGGCUUAUGUUGAACGGGUCCAUUUAGCUUAAGAUCCAUCAGCUUGUUUGUUUUUGCCAUUGUAUUCUUACUUAGCUUUUACACCUACCAAUCUCUAUCCAGAUCUCCCCACUACAUGUCAACAACUAAUCUA